UACAAAAUGAAACUCAAAUGACCAAAAUGUCCUCGACUCUCAUUACAAAUGAAAUGGAUUCAUCUUCGUCUUCUUCAAUAGUAGUACUAGUUCACACUCUCACACAACCAAAACCCCUUUUGAGGGUGACAUGAAAAAGCGGGAAGAAACCUAUAACCACCGACUCUUCUCCGGUCACUUCAUUUUUUCCUUCCAUAUUUCCAGUCACCUGAAAGGAGCCACUCAAUUUUUCGAUUAUAAAAAAAAAAAAAAAGCGUUUUUACGGCGUUGGUUUUUUUUUGGGGGGGUGAGGGUAAAAUAAAAAGUGCUGAUCCGUUAGUUUCGUUUUAGUGUUAUAAAUAGAUCGAUCCUUCCCAAUUUUUAGUCUCUCUGUUUCUGAUUUUUCAAAACCAACCAAAGAAAAACAAGAGAAAUACGUAAGACCAACCAAACCAAUUUCUGUAAUCAGUCCUCCUCUCUUUUACUCUCUGUUUUUCUUUUUCAAUCAGAUCAGUUUAAUUUGACAAAAAAUCUGAAAACAAAAAUGAAACUUUUCUAGUCUCUGAUUCUGGAAUCAGAAGAUAGUUAGAGAAAAGAAGAAGAAGAAGAAGAAGAAAGAUGGAGAACAAAAAUAUGUUAAUGUCAGCAUUAGGGGUAGGAUUAGGAGUAGGUGUAGGACUUGGAUUAGCAUCAUCAGGACAGAGUGUUAUGAAUAAAUGGACUGGAAUUGGUUCAUCUAAUUCAUCUUCUUCCAAUACUAUAUCAUUUGAACAGAUCCAACAAGAUCUUCGUAGACAAAUUGUUGAUGGCAAACAAAGUAAUGUCACCUUCGAUGAAUUCCCUUAUUAUCUCAGUGAGCAGACACGGGUCCUGUUGACGAGUGCUGCUUAUGUUCAUCUGAAACAGGCUGAGUUCUCUAAAUACACUCGUAAUCUGUCACCUGGAAGUCGGGCAAUUUUGCUUUCAGGACCUGCUGAGCUUUACCAACAAAUGCUUGCCAAGGCUCUGGCACAUUAUUUUGAAGCCAAGUUGUUGUUGUUAGAUGUUACUGACUUUUCAAUAAAGGUGCAAAGUAAAUAUGGAACUUCAACUAGAGAACCUUCUUUCAAGAGGUCUAUCUCUGAGACAACUUUGGAGCGAAUGUCUAGUUUAUUUGGAUCUUUCUCUAUCAUGCCUCCGAGGGAGGAAAUCAGAGGAACAUUGCGAAGGCAAAGCAGUGGAGUAGAUAUCGCAUCAAAGGGAAUGGAUGGUAAUCCUCCAAGGCUUCGCAGAAAUGCAUCUUCAACAGCGGAUAUGGCAAAUCUCGCUUCACAGUCCACUUCUCAGAAUCCAGCUCCUCUUAGACGCACAAGCAGCUGGUCUUUUGAUGAGAAACUUCUUAUACAAUCUCUUUACAAGGUUUUAGUGUCAGAGUCUAAGACUAGCCCUAUUGUUCUCUACCUCAGAGAUGUCGAGAAACUAGUCUUGAGAUCACAAAGGGUUCAAAUCAUGUUUCAGAAAAUGCUACAGAAACUUUCAGGACCUGUUCUGAUUCUUGGUUCUAGAAUUUUAGAUCCAGAUAAUGACUACAGAGAAGUAGAUGAGAGGCUUACUAAUCUUUUCCCUUACAACAUUGAGAUUAAGCCACCAGAAGAUGAGACUCACCUCGUUAGCUGGAAAACUCAAUUGGAAGAAGACAUGAAAAUGAUGAAAGUUCGUGAUAACAGAAACCACAUUACUGAAGUGCUUGCAGCAAAUGAUCUGGACUGUGAUGAUUUGGGUGCGAUCUGCUUUUCUGACACGGUGGUUCUCAGUAAUUACAUUGAAGAGAUUGUUGUAUCAGCGAUUUCCUAUCAUCUGAUGAAUAACAAGGAUCCUGAAUACAGAAAUGGGAAGCUUGUUAUUUCUUCCAAGAGUCUAUCCCAUGGAUUGAGUAUAUUCCAAGAAGGCAAGUUUGAUGGCAAAGAUACACUGAAGCUGGAAGCAAAUGCUGAUGCUAGCAAGGUAGGGGAUGGGAAACCUAUUCCAACCUCGGAGUCAUCUGCACCUGAUACAAAAAGUGAUGAUAAAUCAGUUCCAGUUGUGAAGAAAGAUGGUGAAGCUGCAUCGCCAGCAAAAGCUCCCGAAGUUGUUCCAGACAAUGAGUUUGAAAAGCGUAUCAGGCCUGAAGUAAUCCCUGCAAAUGAGAUUGGAGUCACAUUUGCUGAUAUUGGUGCACUAGGUGAGAUAAAAGAGUCACUACAGGAACUGGUAAUGCUUCCUCUACGAAGACCAGACUUGUUUAAAGGAGGACUCUUAAAGCCUUGUAGAGGAAUAUUGUUGUUUGGUCCUCCGGGUACUGGUAAAACAAUGCUUGCCAAGGCAAUAGCUAAUGAAGCAGGAGCAAGCUUCAUCAAUGUCUCUAUGUCGACCAUUACGUCCAAAUGGUUUGGAGAGGAUGAGAAGAAUGUUAGAGCUUUGUUUACACUUGCAGCUAAGGUCUCUCCAACAAUUAUCUUUGUGGAUGAGGUUGAUAGUAUGCUAGGGCAGCGUACUAGAGUUGGUGAGCAUGAGGCAAUGCGGAAGAUCAAGAACGAGUUCAUGACACAUUGGGAUGGGCUGAUGACUAAGCCUGGUGAACGAAUCCUUGUUCUGGCUGCAACAAACAGGCCCUUUGACCUUGAUGAAGCCAUUAUUCGACGGUUUGAGCGCAGAAUUAUGGUUGGUUUGCCAUCAGUAGAGAACAGAGAAAUGAUAUUGAAAACUCUUCUAUCAAAAGAGAAGGUUGAAGAAGGACUAGAUUUUAAGGAGCUCGCAACAAUGACAGAAGGGUACACAGGAAGUGAUCUUAAGAACCUGUGUAUGACUGCAGCUUAUCGGCCUGUUAGAGAACUGAUACAACAAGAAAUGAAAAAGGAUCUGGAGAAAAAGAAGAAGGCCGAGGAAGGACAAAGCGUGGAAGAUACUUCAGAUCAAACUGAAGGGAAUGAGGAAAGGACAAUUAACCUAAGGCCAUUGAACAUGGAAGACAUGAAGCAGGCAAAGAAUCAGGUGGCACCAAGUUUCGCAUCAGAGGGAUCUAUAAUGGGUGAGCUAUCACAGUGGAACGAGUCAUAUGGUGAAGGAGGAUCUAGGAAGAAGCAGCAAUUGUCAUACUUCCUGUAAGAGCAGUACAGAAGAGGAGUGUCCAAAGCAUCUUAUAGUCAUAAUUUAAUAUCCACACCAGCACCAAUUUUCUCCCACUGUGAUGAUGAAUACCUUGGCCAUGUCAGGAGGAGGACCUUUGUUUAUUAAGGUCUGUGCAAUGGAAGAGUAGAAUUUCAUGAUGAAAAUCCGUUGUGCCAGGAUACUAUGUUUUCUUCCAUAACUUGUAAUGUUAAAUGUGUGAUAUAUGUAUCAUGUUACUUUUGUAGUUUAGAGUGUAAGCUUCUUUUACUACUUAGUUAAUCCAACACUUUAUAAUAAACAGAGAGAGAGGUUGUAUUCUGUAUUGUAUCAUUAAUGUAUGUGUGUACUAUCAGCCUAUAAGGUAUAACUUUCCCAAAGA